AUGACAAAUAUAAUCGAGCAGUCACAACAGGAUCACCCACUUUAUCGUUGUUUCACAUUCAAACAAAAACCGGUCACGGCUAGACGGAAGUUCGUCAGCAACAACGGCAUAUGCUUUAUUUGCUUAAAAUCGGGUCACCCAGCCAAAUCUUGCACAUCUACGUUCAAGUGCCGAAGUUGUGGCGGCAAACAUAGCACGUUAUUGCAUUUGGAAAAUACGAAGCCAACAACGGCAGGUGAGGCCGAGGGUUCGACGGAGGAAAUCAAGACGCCUGUUACCGACAAUACAGCCAAGUUCUCGGGUACUGCGCGGACGGAAACUACGGUGAUUUUAGGCACAGCUAUUGUGCGCGUGCGUAACAGCUCAGGAGAGCCACAAACCGUGCGAGUCUUGUUGGACAGCUGUUCUCAAAUUUCUGCGAUCACGUCAGAAUGUGUCGCGCGACUCGGAUUAAAACGUAUUAAAAGCAGAAUAGAAGUUAUGGGACUUUCUCAACAGCCAGUGACGAAAGUGAAAGGUGUCACUCAAUGUAAAUUUAUGCCACUUCAUGCAGAAGGUCCGCAGUUCUGUGCUUCGAAUGUUAUCAUUCUCACACGUAUCACAACGCAGUUACCCAGUGAUAAAUUACCUACGGCGGUACGUGAUCGAUAUCAACACUUAGUAUUGGCCGAUCCGGAGUUUGAUGUACCUGGGCCGAUCGAUAUGCUAAUAGGAAGCGACUUGUACCCACAUAUGCUACAAGCCAAGGUGGAUAUUAUUCACAGUACGGGUCUGCCGUCCGCCAUGAAUACUCAUCUUGGAUGGAUUGUGGUAGGAGCAUUAGAUGCAACUUCAACGUCGCCCAUGGUGUCAUUAUCAGCAAUAUCGACGCCAGAAAUCGGAAGAUUAAUACAAAUGUUUUGGUCUGUGGAAGAACCAGAUGUGCCGGACAUUUUGUCGACUGAAGACGAGCAAUGUGAGGCGUGGUUCCGGAAAUCAACAAUUAGAGACGCAUCCGGACGGUUUGUAGUGUCAUUACCGUUUCAGUCGACGGUGCGCACUCUAGCAGAGACGUCAACGAGUCAGACGACGGUAGUUCAAGGUGGGAGCCCGGAAGAUUUAGGUUCGUCGCGCGCUCUAGCAUUGAAUCGUCUGUAUAAUCUUGAGCGACGUUUGGCAAAAGAUUCGGAACUGUAUACAGCAUAUGUGAAGUUUAUGGACGACUAUUUAAAUUUAGGUCAUAUGAAACUGGCAUCGGUGCCAGGAAAGUAUUUUAUUCCACAUCAUGCUGUGGUUAAGCAUGAAGAAAAGGGACUUAAAAUUCGAGUUGUCUUCGACGCUUCGGCGAAGCCUACAUCGGGAAAAUCUUUGAACGACUGUUUAUGUACGGGGCCGAAAUUACAAACUGAAAUUAGCGAUGUUCUACUUUGUAGUAGAUUCCACAAAUACGUGUUCGUCGCUGAAAUUUCGAAAAUGUAUCGGCAGAUCAGAGUACGUGAUGAGGAUUGUGUCUAUCAACAUAUUCUGUGGCGUAGGUCGCCGGAGGAUGAGGUGCAGGAGUAUCAAUUGCGAACCGUCACUUAUGGUGUAAACUCAGCGCCAUAUCUCGCACUGCGAUGCCUGCGUCAAUUGGACUCUGAAGAUGGUGUGAAAUUUCCCCAGGCGAAGGGCCUGUUAACCAAUAACACUUAUGUUGAUGACAUAAUCACUGGUGCCAAUACCGAAGAUGACCUAUUGGCCGUACAGAAAGACCUUAUUAAUUUAUUACAGCUAGGUCAAUUCGAAUUAAAAAAGUGGGCAAGUAACUGCGAUGCCGUGCUGAGGUGCGUACCGGUCGAGGAUCAGGCUGUAGAAACAACUUUCACACCAACUGAAGACGCGACUUUGAAAGUGCUAGGAGUCCAUUGGGAUCCUACAACCGAUACCUUUGGAUAUCAUGGAGCCACCAGCGAGGGAUCGAUUACCAAGAGGACUGUGUUAUCUACAAUCGCGCGGCUGUACGAUCCAAUUGGUGCCUUAGGUCCGGUUUUGCUGUGGGCUAAAGGAUUCAUGCAAAAGCUAUGGCUCGAGAAGAUUGGAUGGGAUUCUCCGUUACCUACUUCGUUGGUGAACAAGUGGCGUCAAUUCCUGGUUGAGUUACCAUUACUGUCCCAUGUACAUUUACCUCGUCACAUCGAUAUCCGCCAAGUAAAGGAAGUGCAUAUGGUGGGUUUCGCCGAUGCAUCACAAUGUGGAUAUGCAGCCAUAGUAUUUUUACGGAUAGCUGACAAUUCGGGUCACUUCCAUGUUUAUUUUAUCACGUGCAAAACUAAGAUAGCGCCAUUGAAGGCGUCACAAACGGAUACUUCGUUGACAAUUCCUAGGCUCGAAUUGUGCGCGGCUCUACUUCUGGCCAGACUUUUGUCACACCAUUUAGAGCUUUUAAAUAACAUAAUAACCAUUAAUAAGGUCAAAGCGUGGACAGACUCCACCGUUGUUUUAGCGUGGCUUACGCGAGAACAACAGCAAUUUAAAAUCUUCGUGACCAACAUACAAGCACUUGUGCCUAAUUGUGAGUGGGCUCACGUGAGCACGAAUGAAAAUCCGGCUGACCCGGCGUCCAGAGGUAUGCUUCCCAGAGAACUGUUGUCAUGUUCCAAGCACUUAUCAGGACCAGAUUUUCUUCGUYAGGAUGAUGUUCACUGGCCGGUAAUGCCAUCCGCGGAGGUUACGGCAUCAUUAAAAGAUUUACCGGAACUUAAAAAUUCGGUCAAAUGUAUAUUACAUACCMACGAAGAAGAGGGUCACUGGGUAGAGCGGUUUUCCUCUAUAUCACGGAUGCAACGUGUGGUCGGAUAUUGUCUUCGAUUUGUUGAUCGAGCGCGAAGGCGUCCUACGUCAACGGGACAUAUCUCAUUCGCGGAACAAUACCAGGCGUUGUAUCAAAUAUACUCAAAAAAUGUAUUAUUCCGACUUAUACAAGCAAAUCAGAGCUCGUCRUGA